CCCACAGACCUAUCUCCUUUCAUAAUGGUGCCCCCCCCUCCCACCAACAGGCCCCAUGUCUGCCUGUCCACACUGCUGAUUAUGAGCAGCAUGGCUCUGAUAGACGCCUAUCUGGUGGAGCAGAACCAGGGGCCCAGAAAGAUAGGAAUCUGCAUCAUGGUGAUGGUGGGGGACUUAUGCUUCCUCAUCGUGUUGCGGUACGUGGCGGUGUGGGUCGGCGCUGAGGUGCGAAGCGCCAAACGAGGCUACGCUAUGAUUCUCUGGUUCCUCUAUAUCUUUGUCCUGGAGAUCAAGGUGUACUUUGUGUACCAGAACUACAAGGCUGACAGGAAGUCUCUGGAUGCGUUGGCCCGUAAGGCUCUCACCCUACUGCUGUCUGUGUGUGUCCCUGUGCUGUUUGUAGUCCUGGUCGCCAUAGACCACAUGGAGUAUGUACGGGCCUUCAAAAAGAAAGAGGAGAUACGGAACAGGUUGUUUUGGGUGGUGGUGGACCUGUUAGACGUGUUGGAUAUCCAAGCUAACCUCUGGGAGCCACAGAAGAAAGGACUCCCCCUAUGGGCAGAGGGUCUGAUGUUCUUCUACUGCUACAUCCUGCUGCUGGUCCUUCCCUGUGUGUCUCUUAGCGAGAUCUCCAUGCAGGGCAUCAACAUUGUCCCACACAAGAUGAUGCUCUAUCCAAUUCUCAGCCUGUUCACCAUUAACAUCAUAACUCUGCUGAUUAGAGGGUGUAACAUGAUGCUGUAUAGGGAUGCCCGGGUUAGUGGGAUCCUCAUCGGGAAGAAUGUGUUGGCUAUCAUAUUAAAAACCUGCAGCUUUGUCCAGUACAGGAGACACUUACAGAACACUCCUCCAGCCUUUGGGUUGGAAAUGCAGAAGAACUUGGUAACACACAACCAUGUUCAUGGACGACCUGUCACUAUGAUGACCACUCCUCACCCUCAGGUGGUCCUUCCAGAGCAGACAUCCCUGCCUGUCCCCCUGCCGGAAGUCACGACUACAUGUGAACAUACAUGACACAUGGGACUAUUUAACCAGGUUCAUAGCAACAUCCUGUAUGACCUUCAAUUACAUACAUCAGACACAUGAACGAUAGAUGAACCUAUUACACACAGGACACCAGGGACAAUAUGCAUCAUCAUGGGAUACCAUGGAGGACAUCCAAAGGAUAUUAUCUUUAUGCACAAAAGAUGUCAGAGCGACGUUGUGAGAGUUUUUCUUAACAGGAGAAGUUCUAAUGACGUUGUGACAGUCUUUAUAAACAGGAGACGUUCUGAUGACGUUGUGACAGUCUUUAUAAACAGGAGACGUUCUGAUGACGUUGUGACAGUCUUUAUAAACAGGAGACGUUCUGAUGACGUUGUGACAGUCUUUAUAAACAGGAGACGUUCUGAUGACGUUGUGACAGUCUUUAUAAACAGGAGUCAUUCUAAUGGCAUUAUGACAGACUAUAUAAACAGGGGUUCUUGUAACAACAUGUGACAGUCUUUAUAGAUGAAAAAAUAAAAGACCAUUUGAAUGUUAUAAUUGGCCCAACAUGAAAGGAAAUAACAUGGAUUGUUAAUAGCUUACUUAAUAUUUUGAUGUGAUUUCAGUAAAUUCAGUUUUUUACAAUACCAGAAAAAGGAUCAAAAUGCAGGUAGAAGUAUAUUUUUCAAAUUGUUUGUUGCAAUUAUAUAAGACCCCUCCCAAAAGAGUUUGCUUUCUAUGCUGUGUUUGUUUCUAUUUCAAUUUGUUGUCUGCUUAUGUCAUGGGGUAGGAGAUAUUGACACAGUGAAUUUAGAAGAACAAA